AUGUUAGCGAAAAACUUGAAACAUUGUAUGAAGCCAAGGACGUUACUGCUUGGAAAGGCAAAGGACUAUGCUGGUGAGAAACUCUAUGAAGGAAAGGACGCUACUGCUGAAACGCUUGGAAAGGCAAAGGACUAUGCUGGUGAGAAACUCUAUGAAGGAAAGGACGCUACUGCU